UUAGAACCUCGCAGGAGCGUAUGUUGAGAAAGCUCAGUGGCUUAGCUAGCUAACGAAAAAAUAGAAAAAUAAAAUUUCUGGGUUUGAGUUAUGGACAAGAAUCCUACGCGAUACAAUGUACAACUGUAUAUUUAUGAUUUGUCCAGAGGAAUGGCUCGGAGCCUUAGUCCUAUAAUGUUGGGAAAGCAGCUGGAUGGGAUAUGGCACACAGCUAUAGUGGCAUAUGGUGAUGAGUUCUUCUUUGGAGGGGAGGGGAUCUCCAGCUGUUCUCCGGGCGGGACUAUGCUGGGGCCUCCUGACACAGUGGUGGAGCUCGGUGAGACUGAAGUCUCUGAGGAGAUCUUCAUGGAUUACCUCUCUUCCCUGGGAGAAAGCACAUACAGAGGUGACAGGUAUCGUCUGUUUGAGCACAACUGCAACACUUUCACCAACGAGGUGGCUCAGUUCCUGACGGGCAGGCCUAUCCCGUCCUACAUCACUGACCUUCCUUCUGAAGUCCUCUCUACACCAUUCGGCCAAAUACUGCGGCCCAUCCUGGACUCUAUUCACAUCGCCCCUCCGGGAGGAAACGUCAUCAACGGGGGACGAAACAUGUAACCUGAGAGAGUGCAGAGUAAUUUUGAAGUCACUUCCAGUGUAGUCAGUCAGUGUGAAGUCUCAAUCGUUCUUUUUUCCUUCUUCAUAUAAAUCACUAAUAUAUAAUAUAAUGAAUGACUUGGGAUUGGGGGGGGGGGGUUAUUUGCCACUUUAGCUUUUCAGGAGUGAAAAGCCGUUGAGUAUGUUGAGUCAUGUUUUGUAUAGAAGAGGUUUGAAGCACUGAAACAUUGUUUUGACUUUAAAAACAACACAAGACUUUGUAGUAUUAAGAACAGCUCGUGUGGUAGCUGUAACUAAUCCACCUACGACAUAACUUAGUUUUGUACUGAGGUACAAAAUGCUCUUUUAUCUUAAAGCUGAAAUUCAUUUGGUCACGUGUUUGAUCACAAUUUUCUCGCUCCAUUUGCACGACUAAUAUUUUUAGUAAUACUCACCUCUGAGGAUCUUCUGCUGCUGACUACAGUGGAUUUAAAUCUCAGCAUAUCAAUUUUCAGUGGAUAAAGACUGACAAGAACACGAUGGCUGAUUAAUGGAGAGGGGUUUUUUCAUUUUGGUCAAUCAUGUUUUGAUUUUGCACUUUUAUGUUGUUAAUUUUCCAUCUUCUGUUCUUUUGUACCUGUAAUCUUUGUUUUUGUUUGUAUUUAGUUCAAAUAAUGUGGAUGCCUACUUAAACGAUCACUCCAUUUGUCACAGAGUGCGAUGUAACAUACAGCAGGUGAUUGAUUGUCUAUACCACGCCAAGGUUGUAAGACUAGAGGAGUGUAUAGACUGUAUAUAAAAUAUGAAUGUAGCCAUGGUGGUGGAUUGGCUUGAGAGGUCGCCCGUAGAAGCCUCCAAUUGAGCAUUUUGGCCAUGCCCUUUUUUGUACCCAGACUUGUUAACAGUUAAAUUCCUGGUGUUUUUUUUAAAAAAAGACGGUGAAUGAGACCAUAAACUCCUCAGACAGCGUUUACUGUGAUAAUAGAUGAUGUGAUCAGUACUGUAAUUCUACACAGUCAGGCUUCUUUUACCUGACGAUGAGUCGCCUCCUGCUGGCGAUUAGAAAAGAAAUGCAAGUCUGCUUCACUCCUCAGAUCUGGAGGCUACAUCUCUGUUUUUAUAUACAGUCUAUGGAGUUGUCUACUGCUUAAACUUGUUCUUAUGUGUGCACAUCUACAGCAGGACUGUAAAUUCUCUGUAUAUGCAAGUAAUCCCUGGCUUUCAAUAGUUAAUUGCAGAGAUGAUUACAGGCCGCAGAGUUCCACAGUGCUGUAAACUAACUUUCCACACAGUCUCUCUCUCUGUCUUCUUAAAAACAAAGAACAAAGCAGUGUGUUUGGCUAUUUCCGAUUAGGCCGAAACAUUUUGAGAAACAACCUUGUUUUGGUGUCGAGUCUACUGAAAGCGAUGCGCGUCUCAGUCCCGCUUUGACAGAAAGUUGUCAUAGGUGCUUCGUGGUCUGAAUUAACUCUAGAAAUAGAUGCUGAUCAUAGAUACAUUUUCUUAUAUAGAUAUAUUUUUACAACUGCCUGUGAUCCAGAUGCCAUGACAGUAAUUCCAAACAAUAGCACAUCCACAUUUGCAGGCAAAGUUGACCUGUACUCUUAAUAACAUCCCGCUCGAGUCCUUUAACAACCACCAGAGUGUGUUUAAAAAUACAAUACACCUCUGUGCCUUCAUUCCCCUCUGCUUGGCUGUAGUUACACUGUUGGCAGUUGGCGUGGUUUCCAUAUAGCACGCAUGGUAAUGCCCCGUGCAGGCUGCGUUAUAAGCAUCUGAUCCUACGUGAAGAGAAAGGCACUAAAAGUAGUAAGAAGCAACACGCAUUAGAACAUUUACCAUAAACUAUCAGAAAUAUUCAGAUUUAAUAUCAAUAAGCGCACACACAGCUAACUUCAGUAUAAUGCAUUUAGUAGGUGUCAAUCUGUUAAGCCGGUGUUAAACACGUAACCCUCAUUUGAACUUCCUAACUUUUCUCUGCUUAAACAGUGACGGGUGAAAGAAGCACAGGAAAACAAGAAAUUCUCGCCGAGUGAUUAAACCAGCAUUAACUCUCCUCACGUGUUCCUGUAAUAAACAAACCCCGCACACACUAUCUCCAUCACUUUGGCACGGCACCUGUGGCUCGACUCUUUCUUUGUUGCACGCGCACAAGCUAACCAGACCUGCAAGCUUUUUGAAACUUUUAAAGUUUAAGCUGACCUUUGCAAAGCAUUAACCGUACAUGUUUGGAAUAUUUCUCUUCAGCAAGCUUUUGAAAACUCAGGUGAAUCUGGGUUCUGUAAAUCUGCCUUCUGCUAACCAACUAACUCGUAUAAUAACCCGACCGCUGAAAUGUUUUUAAAAGUCACCCUUCGUUGCUCUGAUUUUUGUUGUUGCUGGCUGCUACCUGUAAUGUGAACUUGCAACAGAUGUUUAUGGAUAUUAUUUCCUGAUUUAACUAAUAACUAUGAUAGAUAUAUUUAUGCAUAUUGUUUGUAUUGUUUGUGUAAUUGUUUUUUGUAAUUCUACCUAUACAUAAAGCCAUUGACUGCAAAUA